CAGGGGUUGCCAAAGCAGAGCCAGACAUCACCGCAUCGCUCGUCCUUCAGUACUGAAAUCGGCCACAGAGCCUGCCAUCGGCGUCCAGUCACCCACCGUCACACGCCCGCAUCUCCCUUUGUUUACUUUUGUGCUCGACACCGGCCACGUCUGCUGUCAACAGGGCCCGCCCGACCACGGCUCUUGUGCGCACGGUUGUUGUGGCCUCAGCAGCGCGGUUCCAGGCUAAUUCACCUCCAGCCCUCGAACAGGCAUAGGCUUGCCGUCGCCCCCGCAGUUUGGACAGACCCUGAAACGCACACCGAGAGCCUCAGCGAGCAGCCGGCCACUCGUUGUUGUCACAGCAGCACCGUCGCCAGCGCGAACACUUGCAGCGCCGUCUGCCACUCACUCAUGGCUUCUGCCGACGGACCCGACCAUGUCCCCCGCUACGGAGGCUUUUCGCGCUUUGAGCUCGAGCUCGAGUUCGUGCAGUGCCUUGCCAAUCCCGCCUAUCUCAAUUACCUAGCCCAGCAAAAAAUCCUCGACAAACCCGAUUUCGUGGCCUACCUCGGCUACCUCCAGUACUUCAAGGACCCGAAGUACUCUAGAUUUCUCCACCAUCCUGGACCAACACUCCGAGCACUGCAGCUGCUCCAGCAGGAACGUUUCCGCACCGACAUCUUGAAUCCCGGCCUCUUUCAGUACAUGACUGUGGAAGGCCUCAAGAACGCAGUUCCUCCCAACAACAAGGAUUGAGCUGCGUCAUCGCAUUCCGGUCGACUUGGUCCUCUUCUAUCAGAAACGUGGGACGACAGGCUUAGUCACCCAAUAGCGCCCUGCCAGCGCUAUUGGAGGAACUCUUGGCCCGGUUGAUGUCAACAGAGGAAGGAGGCCAUGGCCUCUUGUCAGGGGGACGAUUGCGGAAGGUCAGUCGUGAGUAGCGGUGGGUUGUUGGCAAUCAAUGGGUCAGGGCCAUGGUCAGGGCUGCGAUCCAGGCUGGGAUGGGUGAGGCUGAUGUAGGCCUCGUACCUUGCUGGAUGCGCUGUCUCUGGUCGAUUUGGGAAACCCAACUGCAUUGUCUCUCGGCUCAAUGAUAUUUAGAUGCGCUAUCAAUACACACUGCACAUAGGCAUGUCCGGUGCUUGCUGCGUUGUGCGUCUGGCGAACGUGGCUUUGCCUGCCGUUCCAUGAUCACAACAUGUAAUUUCAUUACUCUUCCGAGACAUUGAAACGACUCG